UCUUUCUUUUCUUAUGUUGCCCUUAAAUACACGCAACUUAUUUGUUUUAUUCAUAAACUAUUCCACAAAAAAAAUCCUAUCACAGUUACCUGCGCGUAUUCCAAUAUGUAAAAGUUGUUUAUGAAUUUAUUCCGUGUACUACUUUCGCAACCCACGGUAGUGCUCUGAGGAAUUGUGUGAGAUGAUUUGAUGUUUUUGCUGUCGCAAUACCAUCACAGUUUAUCUAGACUUCUUGGUACCACUGCGUUUGUGUUCUGUCAAGGCUAGAUGUUUUUUAUAGAUUCCAUAUACAUGAAAUGUCGGUCUUCAAGCAAGCAAUAUAUUUUCAAGACAACCUUAGUAAUCUAAUUUUUUCUUUUUAACGACCUCGUGAAUUCCGUAUACAAGGGGGGUAUAGACAAAAUUUACUUCAGCUCUAACACUAGGAGUAGACUUAGGAAUCCCGUAUUUGUCGAACUCGCCAAAGAGUUCAGAGAGAGAGUCCAAAGAGAUCAGCUCGCUGAGUUUCUCGCCGGAUCUCAGCGGGUCGCGAUCCCGGUCCGCUAGUAGAUUCAUUCGCGAAGCAACUGCUCUUGAGUUGUUAGAUUUCCUUUGGAGGCGCGCGGGUAGCUGCUAGCAAAUCCCACCCCCCUUGGCUGAGCAUUUGCUCGUCCACCUGUCCUGGUGAAACUGGAAAGGCCUCUGGGCCAACAGUAAUCACUUAUUAAAAAAAAACAAUAUUGACAAAGUUGAAGACUGCAUCUAGUUUACCCUAGUCUUGAUUACGGAGCCGCACGGACUCGCGGUAUACCGGUGUAUGGUUAUCGUCAUAAACCUUAUGGUUUAAGAUCUUAGAGAGCACGAACGAAGGACUCCGAAGGCUAUUGCCUUGGUGAUGUAGAAUAAUGCUGCCGUUGCACAAGGCUUAAUGCUCUUCCCCAAGCUAUCCUGCAUUUGUUUCUGGCUCUAGAUUUUUUUGAAGUCACUAGGUAGACGAGAGCUGACGGUUUACUUUGUGAUAAGUGGUAACCGGAGUAAAAUUACUUUAAAAAUUGAAUCACAAAUUUUACAUUUAAAUAUUUAAAUCAGGGUCAUUUGUUUGGAAACUUUGGACUCUAGCAUUAAUUAUACAAAACAAAAUAUCAAUGAAUGAUUGUUAUAAAAAAGAAAAACCCGAGUAGACCGUCGGGUCAAGUCUUGUAAGAAUGUUUCUAUAUAGCAUUGGUCUUUCAGCCUUAGAUUGUAUUUACUAGAUUUACACAGUAGGCCAUCAUACGACCAACUGCGGACGGACUGAGUGAGUGAGUGAGUCACUUCAUUUAGUCAGUAUUAUACACUCCGCUACUGAUCGGGCCACUGAUAAGUCGCGCAACGGUCGCGCAACGGUAGGUAAUAAUAAAAUCAGAAAAAUGAACGUAAACAAAGAUUUGCAAAAUGAAAGAAACAAAUGCAGUUUUAAUGUACGAGAAUUAACUGAAUUCAUAGACGGUGGCAAGAACAGAACAUUAGAAAGGAAACAUAUUGAGAAGUUAAUUCUUGCUCAAAAGGAUGAAUUGUUUGGCGGAACACCAGAAGACUAUCUUAGCCAUAAAGAAAAAUACGAAAGGGCCAUCCAAACGAAUGUUAUUAUUUUGAAAAUUGUUCAAGAUUUUAUGAGAGAUGCAAAUGGUGGUGACCUCACGAAUUACAGGGAUGUACUCACAACGUUGCUCAAUUUCGUGGUCUCCCGCGAAGGAACUCCCUUUGCGUUGCACUUCAUGAUGUUUUUACCGGUGUUCUUAAGUCAGGCUGACGAAGAACAGCAGAUGGAAUGGCUUCCUCGAGCUUGGAAUUGCAAUAUAAUCGGUAGUUAUGCUCAGACAGAGCUUGGGCACGGGACGUUUAUCCGGGGUUUAGAGACGACCGCCACGUAUGACGCUGCCACCAAAGAGUUCGUGUUGCACAGCCCAACAGUAACAUCAUACAAGUGGUGGCCCGGGGCAUUGGGUCACACGGCUAAUUACUGCGUGGUUGUGGCGCAGUUGCAUACCAAGGGCCAAUGUCAUGGUAUUCAUUCGUUCAUAGUGCAAGUCAGAGACGAAGAGACCCACAUGCCCUUAGCGGGGAUCAGAGUAGGGGAGAUCGGGGCUAAGAUGGGACUGAACAUGAUCAACAACGGGUUCAUAGGUUUCAAUCACGUGAGAAUACCGAGGAGGCAUUUGCUGAUGAAGCACGCGCAAGUGUUAGAGGACGGCACGUACGUGAAGUCUCGUAACAGCAAACUGAACUACGGCGCGAUGGUGUUCGUGCGCGUUGUCAUAGUGUUCGACAGUGUCAACUACCUGUCUAAGGCCGUCACCAUCGCCACCAGAUUCGCUGCCGUUCGAAGGCAGUCACAACUUAAAGCGAAUGAACCAGAGUGUCAGAUAAUAGAUUUUUUGACGCAACAACACAAGCUGUUCAUAGGCAUAGCGACAUGUCAUGCCCUUAAGAUGACCGCCACCAAACUGUGGGAUACGUUCAAUGAAGUUCAACAGCAGUUGCGGGGCGGGAACCUGGAGAGACUACCCGAACUGCACGCGCUGGCUUGCUGCCUGAAGGCGGUGAGCACGGCGGACACGGCGGCGCUGGCUGAGGGCGGGCGGCGCGCGUGCGGCGGCCACGGCUACAUGCGCUCGUCCGGCCUCCCGCAGACGUGCGCCGUGCUGGACGCCGCCUGCACCUUCGAGGGGGACAACACAGUCCUGCUGCUGCAGACCGCGAGAUUUUUAGUGAAAGUAUGGCGAGGCUUGGACACAUUGAAGUUGACGCCCACAGUUGCUUAUUUAAGGACGACACUUACCGAAGGAUUCAACGAUAAAUGGGACAACACAGUUGAAGGCAUCAUAAAGGGAUUCCAGACCGUCUCCAUGAGAAAGAUCAGCGAGUGCGUUUCUUGCAUGGCUAAAAGGAUGAUGUCCGGAAUGUCGCAGGAGGAAGCCUGGAACAUGACCUCUGUGCAGCUUGUAGCCGCCGCGGAGUCUCACUGCAGAGUGAUUAUUAUAUCGUAUUUCCACGAAGAGUUUGUGAAGGUCUCAUCAAGCUUUUCACCAGCGUUACGCCGAGUCAUGAAACUGCUGGUCGAAUUAUAUACAUUGUAUUGGGCUUUAGAUAAACUACAAGAUCUGUUGAAGUACACUUCGAUAUCGAAGACCGACACAGAACAACUUCAAGAGCGGUACGAGGACACAUUGAAUGCGCUGAGACCGGACGCGGUUGGACUCGUCGACGCUUUCGACAUCAUGGACGAGAUAUUACAAUCGACUCUGGGCGCUUACGACGGGCGCGUGUACGAGCGCCUGAUGGAGGAGGCGCUGAAGAGUCCUCUCAACGCGGAGCCCGUCAACAGAUCCUUCCACCAGUACCUCAAACCUCUCAUGCAGGGGAAACUUUGAGUUCCGAUUUAAGUACAUAGCUAAUAUUCAAGUGCAAAUUAAAAAGUAGUUAAAUGACAAUAAACGAUUUUUUUUAUGCCAUUAAAUAAUAAUUAAUUGAAGAGAUGAUAUUGUGUAAGAAAAGCGUACCUACGUUAUUAAUUGUUUGUUAAAUUGUGAUCUUUAGUGAAUUUAUUGUUAUGGAUAUAUUUUUUAUAAAUCAGGGUAUAUUGUCUAUGGUUUACGUACAAAUGUUUUUGUACUCUUGGUUGGUUCUUUUGAAUAAAAAGUUAAUAUAACAGAUCUCAAGAGAGGC